AUGGGUAAACUCAUCCGCCUAGAGCUUUUCAACUUCAAGUCCUACAAGGGCCAUCAUAUACUCUUGUUCGGCGACUCCUACUUCACUUCCAUCAUUGGACCCAAUGGAUCCGGCAAGUCAAACUCUAUGGACGCGAUAUCCUUCGUGCUUGGUAUCAAGUCGUCGCACCUCCGAUCAGCCCACCUAAAGGACCUCGUCUACCGUGGCCGCGUGCUGAAAACCUCUAAAAUCAACGACGAUGGCUCUGCCGAAGCGAAUGGUGGAGCUAAUGGUCACGCGAACGGCGACGGGGACGAAUUGUCGCAAAAGGCCUCUAGGACUGACCCAAAGACUGCAUGGGUGAUGGCUGUCUAUGAGGACGAUGCAGGUGACGAGCAAAAGUGGAAGCGCUCCAUCACGAAUCAGGGAUCUAGCGAGUACCGUAUCAACGAUCGUGUCGUGACAGCCCAGCAAUACAACGAAGCCCUCGAAUCCGAAAAUAUUCUGAUCAAGGCUAGAAAUUUUCUCGUCUUCCAAGGAGACGUCGAAGCCAUCGCUGCGCAGUCACCGCAAGACCUCACGAGGCUGAUUGAACAAAUCUCCGGGAGUCUCGAGUACAAGGCCGAAUACGAACGGUUGCAGACUGAAGCUGAGCAAGCUGCUGAGAAUCAGAGCUUCCAGCUUCAUCGAAGACGCGGAAUCAACUCCGAGAUCAAGCAGUAUCAGGAACAGAAGAAGGAGGCAGACAACUUCCAGAAGAAGACGAACGAGAGGGAUGAAGCCAUCGUCAAGCAUGCUCUGUGGAAGCUCUAUCACUUUCAACGUGGCAUGGAUGAGUCUACUGAACAGAUCCACGACCACCAACAGAACUUGCAGGAGUUCCAGCGCAACGUCGAAUCGUUCAGACGGAAACUCGAAGCUGCUCAGAAAGAGCAACAAGCGGCGGCAAAGGAGGUCCAUGGGGUAGAAAAGGCCAUCAACGCCAAGAAGCGAGAGUUCGAUGAGUUGGAGCACAGACUCAUCCCCAUUGACGCAAAGAUUGAGGAAAAGACCCGCAACAUCGAACAGGGUCGCUCACGAAUGGAGCCGGUCCGUAAAGAGCGCGACAAGCAGGGCGACGUCAUCAAGGAAGACGAGGGCCGGCUCAAGACAACCGAGAAAGCCCAGCAACAUUUCGAGAAGCAGCUCAAAGAACGGAUGAAGAAGUUGGGUAAGGAGCUCAGCGAAGACGACCGCAAAGAGUACAACACACUCCGUUCACAGGUUGUACAGAAGGUCGCUGGCAACCAAAGCAAACUCGACAAUCUGAUCCGUCAACAGAAGACCGACGAAGUCACCGUCAAUACUCUCAAGGGUAAGGUGGACACUCUUUCGGCGGCCCUGGAGAAGUACGAGGGUGAAUUGGAGACUCUCGGUGAGCGCAAGUCAUCAACUGAAGGCAACAUCAAAGCACUGUCUCAGGAGAUCGACUCAAAAAAGAAGCAAUACCAUCAAAUUCAGUCUGAGCGUGUUAGAACCAGCCAAAGACGCACAGAAUUAGAAGAAAAGCUCGAGACCGUCGCCAAGCAAUUGCGGGAGGCUGAUGAUGGACGCCGACAAAAUGACAGAGAAGCUAGGAUGAAGGAAAUGGUGAACAACCUCAAGCGACUCUAUCCCGGCGUCAAGGGCCGGAUUGGCGACCUCUGCAAGCCCAAACAAAAGAAAUUCGAUGAGGCUGUUGGCAUUGCACUAGGCCGAGACUUCGACUCUGUCAUUGUCGACACGGAAAAGACUGGCCACGAAUGUGUUCAAUUUCUGAAAGACCAGCGCUUUCCGCCUAUGACUUUUAUUCCUCUAGACAACAUUAAGGUCAACGCGGUGAACUCGGCUAUUAAAGGUAUUUCGGGAGCCCGGUUGACCAUUGACACCAUUGACUUUGAUGCUGCCUACGAACGUGCUAUGGCGUACGCCUGUGGUAGCUCUGUGGUGUGCGAUAACGAGAAAAUCGCGAAGAUCAUCUCAUACGAGAAGCGCAUCCCUGUCAAAACCGUCACUCUGGACGGCUUGGUCAUUCACAAGACGGGCAUGAUGACUGGUGGCCGUGGUCCUGAGGCCAAGGGCGGAAAGAGACGUUUUGAGAACACCGACUUGGAGCCUCUGAAGAAGAUGGCAGCCAAAUACAAGGAGGAGAUUGAGAAGCUGCCCAAGUCUGGCCGGCGCAGCGCUGCUGAGGAGUCUCUACAGAUCGAGAUACACGGCCUCGAGCCCCGUCUGGCGGCUGCCAAGGCCGAGUUGGCGCACUUGGAGAAGAACUACAAUUCGAAGAAGAGGGAGAGAGACAACGAGGAAAGGCAACUCGACGAGCUUGAACCCAAGUACGAGGAGAAGACGGCAGAGCUCGAGGCAACCAAGCGAACGGUCAAAGAAUUCUCAGACGCCAUCGCACAGGUGGAGGACGAGGUCUUCUCCGGCUUUUGCAGGAGACUCGGCUUCAGCGACAUCCGAGCUUAUGAGACAGAACACCGCGAUAUGCAACGAGAGGCCGACGAAGAGCGCACCAAGUUUGAGGUGCAAAAGUCUAGGUUCCAGAGUCAACUCACCUUGGCCCGUGAUAUGCACAGCAACUUGGAGAAACGGCUUAAGAAGCUGCAAGAAACCCUCAAGGGAGCUGAGCGUGACCUACAGACUUAUCAGCGGGAGAAGUCAGACAUUGAGGAUUCCAGUCACGAAAUCUCUGACCAGCUCGACGCGCUUAGCGAGACGCUUGAGGAGUACCGUGGCAAGUUGGAAGAGAAGAGCCAAAAGGUUUCCCAGGCCAAGGCUGAAGUACACAAGCGAAGCAAGGAAAUUGACGCCAGGCAAAAGGAAAUCAACGCUCUUGAGACUGUGGUGCAGAAGAACAGUGCGGGCAAAUUUGCGUUGCUCCGGCGAUGUAAGCUUGACCAGAUCCAGGUGCCGUUACUCGAGGGCUCCCUUGACAACUUGCCAAAUGAGGACAAUAUGUUGCGACAAGACGCCGAUGCCAUGGACGUCGACGAGGAGGUGGAUGACGAAGAGAUGAUGACGGCUGCUCUUGAGAACCACGGUAUUGAGAUUGACUACGAUGGCUUGGACGAGGAGAUGAAAACGUCUGACGACGCCAGUGUCGAGGAAAAGUUGCAGGAUAAGAUUGCAUCUCUGGCCUCCGAACUCGAGAAGCUCAACCCCAACAUGAGGGCGAUUGAGAGGCUCGAGAGCGUAGAGUCGAGGCUGAAGAACACGGAGAAGGAAUUCGAGGACUCCAGAGCGGCUCUUAAGGCGGCCCGCGAUGCGUUCAACCACGUCAAGGCUCAGCGGUACGAACUGUUCAACAAGGCUUUCACACAUAUCCAGGAACAAAUUUCGCACGUGUACAAGGAUCUGACGCGAUCAGAGGCUUAUCCUCUUGGUGGCCAAGCGUACCUCGAUAUUGAGGAAGACACAGACACCCCCUACUUGUCUGGUAUCAAGUAUCACGCCAUGCCGCCGCUGAAGCGAUUCAGAGACAUGGAACAUCUUUCUGGGGGUGAAAAGACAAUGGCCGCUCUUGCUCUAUUGUUUGCGAUUCACAGCUAUCAGCCAAGUCCGUUUUUCGUGUUGGACGAGGUCGACGCUGCUCUAGAUAACGCCAACGUCGACAAGAUCAAGAAGUACAUCCGCGAGCAUGCUGGACCCGGCAUGCAGUUCAUUGUCAUCAGUCUCAAGACCGGCUUGUUCCAAGACAGUGAGAGCUUGGUCGGCGUCUAUCGCGAUCAGGAAGUCAACAGCUCUAGAGCGCUUACUCUUGAUCUUCGAAAGUAUGUGUAA